AUGGAUCCCGUGGGCGUCGGCCUGGGUACAGUAGCCCUUGUUUCCACCGUACUCGAAGUCUUUGGUCUGAUCAUCUCUUUUCGUACAUACUCCGAAACGUCAAGGGUCCUAUUCCGCCAGCUCGAACUGGAGAGGGAGGUGCUGCUGCGCUGGACAACAGAGGUUGGACUCUAUCCUGCAAGCCAUGGAUCCUCUACAAAUUGCAGUAUCCCGCCAGAAUUGCUGCCUUUGGUGCAUCAAACUGUUGCUACCAUCGGCUCUCUUCUUGCGGCGGCUACUUCGCCAAAGAGCGCAAAGAAGAAAACAGAGGUCGGGGCUGAAGACCUACCAGCAGUCCUUGACAGGCUCCAGGAGGAGCUCAAAACCAACGAAACCCAAUCCCAAUCGCGGCUGUCAAGAUCCUUGGCACGCCUUGGAUGGGCAAUCAGCGAGGAGGACCGUCUUAAGGGGCUCAUCACUACAAUCCACGCUUACAACACCAGCCUGCACAAUCUCAUCCCAAAGCCACUCCAGGUUUCUCUUGACGGAUCCAUAAUGCAGGCUCUACUUGUUGAAACCGACCUUCAAAGCCUCCUGGAAAUUCAAAGAGCUAGUCUACACUGGCGAAAGGCCCUCUCCGCCGCAGCCAGUGUAGCUUCCUUCCAGCAUCAGAAAUCUACACCGGGUCCCCCAUCUACCAACCAGCUUCUGCUACCUCGCUCACGGUUUACUUCCAUUGGAAUUGACAUGGCGCGGUAUCUAACGACGUACGAGCACAAUGGCCAAAUAUCCCAUGUCAUGAUUGAAUGGCGUGCGUACAGGAUUCCCCGAAACUCCGAACACAAGAUCUCGUAUCUAAAUACAUGUCUUGAUCUCGCUCGCCUUCUCCAUGAAAGCCAGAACCUCGAGGCAUAUCGAACGCUCGACUCCCUUGGGAUUAUCGACGAUAUUGAAUUCAAGCCAAGCUCCCGCAUCGGACUGGUAUAUCGCGUACCGCUAAGCAUCAUACCGCUGUCUGAGAGUUCAAUUAAAGUGCUCACAUUACAUGACUUGAUCAACGGCAAGGAGUUCAUUAGACCGCGCCUCGAUGAGCGCUUCGCACUCGCGCAGAAGCUUGCUACAGGCCUACACAGACUCUUCGUCUCGAGAUGGUACCACAAGAACCUCCAUUCCAAAAACAUCCUGUUUUUUACGCAAAUUAAUGAUGGCACUGGUAUUGCACAACCUUACCUCUCUGGUUUCGACUACGCCCGUCCUGACUCCCCAGAGGAAAUGACCAUCAAGCCCGAAGCAGACGAAUUCUGCGAUCGAUAUCGCCAUCCGCAGUGUACACACCCGGACAGUCGGAACGUAAUCCGGUUCAGUCGGCGGUUCGAUAUUUACAGUCUUGGUGUUAUACUCACUGAGAUCGGGAGGUGGGAAACAGUUGAUCGAAUGCACAAGGACUAUAGUUCUCAGAGGACCAAGGCUAAAGGAGGAUUGCCCACUGCUGCUCCGUUAGAUAGCUUCCAGCGGUACUUGAAGACGAGAUCUUUGGAGUCCUUGGGCUUUCGGAUGGGGCAAAUUUAUACUGAUGCGGUGAGGUUUUGUUUGGGUGGCGUCGAUGCGCAUGGUGCUGUUGAGGCGGCUGUGCAUGUGAGUGAGAAUGAGGAGCAGCUGGUUUCGAGGCUCAAUAAGGAGGUGGUGGCUGAGCUCGCGAAGUGUACUGCCUAG